AGGGGGGACGGAAGAGAGAAGGGAAGGAAGACGCCGGGAGGGGAGAGGAGGGAAGCAGGGUCCGCUGGAGCCAGGAGGAAACACACGGCGCCGCAGCGAGCAGGAAGUCUGAGUGGGAGAGCAGCAGAAAGACGAGAGGGUGGAAAGAGGAAGCAGCAGCAGAAGAGAAAGCAAAAGCUCCCCGUGCCGCCUGCUGCCCGCCUGCCCGCCCUGGACUCAGCAUCUCCGGCUCCUGCCCGGGCGGGAAAGCUGCGCCGCCGCUGCCGCUGCCAUGGCCCGGGAGAACGGGGAGGGCAGCGCCUCCUGGAAGAAGCAAGCCGAGGACAUCAAGAAGAUCUUCGAGUUCAAGGAGACCCUGGGAACGGGUGCAUUUUCUGAAGUAGUUUUGGCUGAAGAGAGGGCUAGUGGAAAACUAUUUGCAGUCAAGUGCAUCCCCAAGAAAGCACUGAAGGGGAAGGAAAGCAGCAUAGAGAAUGAAAUUGCAGUCCUGAGAAAAAUAAAACAUGAAAAUAUAGUUGCACUGGAAGACAUAUAUGAGAGUCCAAACCACUUGUACCUGGUCAUGCAACUAGUGUCUGGAGGCGAGCUUUUCGACCGCAUAGUAGAGAAAGGAUUUUACACCGAGAAGGAUGCAAGCACUCUGAUACGGCAGGUCCUAGAUGCUGUCUACUACCUGCACAGAAUGGGCAUUGUGCAUCGAGAUCUCAAGCCUGAGAACCUGCUGUACUACAGCCAGGAUGAAGAAUCCAAAAUCAUGAUCAGUGACUUCGGAUUGUCAAAGAUGGAGGAUAAAGGAGACGUCAUGUCCACAGCGUGUGGAACCCCAGGAUAUGUUGCUCCUGAAGUGCUGGCCCAGAAACCCUACAGCAAAGCGGUGGAUUGUUGGUCUAUUGGGGUAAUUGCAUACAUUUUGCUCUGUGGAUAUCCUCCAUUUUAUGAUGAAAAUGACUCCAAGCUCUUUGAGCAGAUUCUUAAGGCGGAAUAUGAAUUUGACUCUCCAUAUUGGGAUGACAUCUCGGACUCUGCUAAAGAUUUUAUUCGGAACUUGAUGGAGAAAGACCCUAACAAAAGAUAUACCUGUGAGCAAGCAGCCCGGCACCCAUGGUAAGCAACUAACACAUGACUUCUGUUGCAAUGACCUCAAGAAAUGAGACUUUUCUUUAAUUUG